AUGAAGAAGAAGUCCAUGAGUACCCUCGCCAACUUGGCGCCCCGCCGUCGCGAUAGAGGAAGCCAGAAGGAAAAGACUGCAGAAGUCGAAGGUAUGAAUGAUGAAAGUCCCAUUGCCGGAUGCCAGCUGACAACCUUCGCAGAGCCAGUGACACCCUCGCUGCCUGCAAACACCAGCGGAUUUAGUCCUCCCCAGAGCGGCCCUGCCUUAGUAGGCAACCAAGACCAGAACGUCGACCGCUUGGCCAGUGAGCUCUUGGAGAGUACCAUAUUCAACCAUCCGAACGGUCUUCGGAGUCAUCCUUCGGUUCUCCUCUGCGCUACCGAACCAAUGACGUUCCCGCCUCAUUCCGCAGGACCGAUGCUGAAGAUGGGUACUUCCUCGCACAAUCUCACCAUGACUUCUCCAUCGGGAGAAAACGCUGCACACUCCCAGUCGCACGUUCAGGUCUCGGAGACAGACCUGAUACCUCCGGAAAUCCCUCGAAAAUCUUCACGUCGGCGACGAGGCAAGCGUGCGAAGAAUAUUGACAAUGAAGUUCAUCCCGCGAAGCGCUCCUUUCCGCAGUCGAAAACUACAAUGCUCGAUGCUGGUAACAGACGCGGGGUUCUUUUGUCUGGUUCGACGACGGCGCCACUCGGCGGCAUGACCAAACAAGCUGCUGGCCAGACGUCUGGCACCAACUCUGAUGCUGCCAUUGCCAACUUGGUAGACGACAAGGUCGCAGCGAUGCUGGCUGCCACUGAGGCACUCAAGCCUCGCGGCUCUCAGGAAACCACGCAGGCGACCUCAAAUCCUGCACGAAAUCGUCGCAAAAAGGUUAUGUCAAAGGUCCGUCAGGCGCUCGACAUAUUCCAGUCCAAGCCGAAAACUCCAGAUUCCAAGAUCAGGGGCAAGAUCUCGGCCCCGGUUGCACUCACGACAUGCACCAUGCCAAAUCCAGCAGUGCACUACCAUUUGGAAGAAGUCGAGGAGGCUUCUCCUGCCAGUUCCGUCAACCUCGACGUGAAUGAAGACGAUGUCAUGAUCGGCAACCGGAAAAUGCAGAAGUCACAGACCAUCAUCGCAGGCUGCAUUGUCCGGAAGCCUGUUCCUAACGAUGGAAGCGUCGGAUCGUCAGACGACCCCUUUUCUGAGGCAUACGAGAUUAUCCGUACUCCUACUCCCUUUGAGCAUCGGUUGAAGAUCAGCGCCGACUCGACUGAUGACAUUCCACCGGUUCCGACCCUCAACCCCUUCGCCGCUGAGAAAGACUUCGAUACUGAUCUCGAGGGUAUCCUGUCCGAGAAACCCCUCUGCGCUUCGACACCUCGUACUCGUACCGCUCGCAAAGCUGGUCCCCACGACAGUCCUUCCACGCGAUACACCAAAGCAGAUGAUCGUCAUCUCGCGACCUUGGACGAAGCUGAGGGCAGCUCUGUCUCUCGUGGCGUUGUCUCGCGCAAGUUGAAGCUGGCCCACGGCAAGAGACUGUUUCGCAACCAGGCCGACCUGAGCAUGAAGAAGCACCCGUCUCCUAGCAAGGACGAUCUGGACGACUUGGAAACUCGGUUCCGUGCUUAUGCGAUUGAACAGAUCAAGAAGGCGCCCGCCGAAGAGCGUGAGGCGUUGGAGAUCAAAUUCGCAGGCCUCAUCGGACCCAACGCGCUGACGCUGCGGGACAAGAAUGCUUCAAUGAAGUCGCGUGCCACGAAGGAUACCAUAGAUGAAAUCAGCGUUGCUGCUGAGCGUAGACACACUGAUGAACACUCGAUCUCGUCGUCGCAGAAAAUUCGCAUCCCCCGCCCUGUCGAGCCGGCCACCAGAAUUCCGUUUGCUCCUCGAUUCGCCCCUCAGCGCCAGCCGAUCAACUUUGAUGCAAUGGAGAUUGACGAGCUGCAGUAG